AUGCCUGCAAGUAAAAUAUGGUGGGGUUUGAUUGGUUUGCUGGUGUUGCUGUCAGUAUCUGCAGUUUCAGCACAUGAAGAACUGGAGGAGGCACAACAACAAAUCUCACAUCCCAGUGAUCAUCAAUUGGGUAAUACACAUGUCUGGCCUGAGAUACGAUUUGAUUGGAAAAUUGUGGCGGGUACGAUAAUCGCAUUCCUUGGGGCAGCAUUUGGGAGUGUUGGAGGUGUUGGUGGGGGUGGCUUUUUCAUUCCUAUGCUCACCCUCAUAAUUGGCUUUGAUCAAAAGUCAUCAAUCGCAGUGUCCAAAUGUAUGAUCACAGGUACAUCAACUGCUACUGUGUUAUAUAACUUACGAAGAAGGCAUCCCACACUUGAGCUUCCCAUCAUUGACUAUGAUUUGGCUCUUCUCUUCCAACCAUUGUUGGUGCUGGGGAUCAGCAUUGGUGUUUCAUUGAAUGUGGUUCUCUCUGAUUGGAUGAUAACCAUUCUACUAUUUGUAGUCCUCCUAGGGGUUUCAGCCAAGUCAUUUAUCAAGGGUGUUGAGACAUGGAAGAAAGAAACUAUGACUGAAAAGGACCUACUGGAUGCUUCAAGACACUUGCCAUCAAAUUGGGAAAGUACUGAAGAUGUUGAAGCCAAAUGUACGCGUGGACGUCCAAGCAAUGACACCCUGGCACAGGCGAAGAAUGAAGCUAAACGAGUGGAGGUUUCUAUUCUUGAUAAUGUUUGCUGGAAGGAACUUGGAGUUAUAGUGGCUGUUUGGCUCAUGAUACUUGCAUUACAGAUUGCCAAGAGUUAUCUGACAAAAUGUUUGGCAACAUAUUGGUUGGCAGAACUCUUACAGAUUCCAGUGGCUGUGGGAGUAACUUCAUAUCAGGCAAUGAAUCUCUACAAAGGGCGGAGUGUGAUUGCAUCGAAGGGAGAUGAAAACAUGAAAUGGUCAAUGUACAAGCUAGUUGCCUAUUGUGCCUGUGGCAUAGCAGCUGGUAUGCUUGGUGGAUUACUUGGUCUUGGUGGAGCAUUUCUGUUGGGUCCGAUAUUUUUGGAGAUGGGAAUUCCUCCUCAGGUGUCAAGUGCUACGGCUACCUUUGCUAUGACAUUCUCUUCAUCCAUGUCUGUUGUAGAAUACUAUCUCCUUAAACGCUUCCCAAUUCCUUAUGCUCUAUACUUCGCUGCUGUGACUAGUGUGUCUGCAUUUGCGGGGCAGCAUGUGGCCGGAAAGAUGGUUAAGAAAUUAGGAAGAGCUUCUUUGAUUAUCUUCAUCCUGGCUUUCACAGUUUUUGUGAGUUCACUAACACUAGGUGGGAUCGGCAUAGAAAACAUGAUUAGGAAGAUUCAACACAAGGAGUCCUUGGGAUUCCAGAACAUCUGCACUUAUAAAACCUAGCUAGAUAUAUGGACCUUUUAGUGGAAGAAAUAUUCUCAAUGUAUGGACCUUUUAGUGGAAGAAAGUUCUCAUUUAUGAACCAAAAACCUUACAAAG